AUGCCUAGUCCGUACAGUUGUCAACGUGGUACAGGUGUAAGUGAUAGUUCAAAUGCCAUUAUCCUCGAAGUAUCUUCCACAGCUUACAAUGCAUAUGACAUAAUCAAUGUGACUUGGACAUCUACAACGUCUACACCACCAUGUGCUGAUGAUUUCAUAGCCGUCUUUUUUCCCGAAAUAUCUGUUAAUUUGACGUGUAGCUAUUUAGAUUAUGAAUUUAUUGGCAAUACGACAGAAGUAGAAGGUAACCAAUAUUGGGAAAUGAUUAAUUUACGACGAAUUUUAGAAUUUCGCUACUAUCAACGCCAAAAUUGUACAGGAAAUUACACAUAUAAAGCUGGAAGUCCAAUAAUUCAUCCAAUUAAUUAUAAUGAACCAACGGGAAUACAUCUCUCCUACACGUCCAAUGAUGAUGAAAUGAUUGUCAUGUAUACAACAUCUUCUAAUAUUUAUACACCAGAAAUUCAGUAUGGUUUAGAUCCAUCUCAACUCCAGUUUAAUCAAACAGGUACAACAGAUACUUAUUCUGCAUCAGACAUGUGUGAAGGAAAAGCAAAUAUUACUGGUCCACAAAAUUUCAUUGAUCCCGGUUAUAUUCACACAAUUCUUUUAAAGAAUUUGAUGCCGGCCACAAUUUAUUUUUAUCGUGUUGGUAAUGAAGUUGAAGGAUGGUCACCAGUAAUUCAUUUUAUAUCGAAAGUAGUUGAUGGGGCAUCUGAUACACUCAGUUUUAUUGCCUAUGGUGAUAUGGGGGUGAGUCCUGUACAAACAGGUGCAGCAGGAACAAUGGAUCGUGUUCAUGAAAGAGUUUUGCAAGGUGAAAAUAUUGCGGUGGUUUUACAUAUUGGUGACGUGAGUUAUGCGAGAGGAAUCGGAGCUCUAUGGGAUAGAUUCAUGACUGAAAUACAGCCAAUAGCUCAAACGGUGCCGUACAUGUUGGGAGUGGGUAAUCAUGAAUAUGAUCAUGUACAAGGUGGACAGAAGGAUCCCAGUCAUGCACCGGGAGAUGGUGGUUUUCGACCAAAAUGGGGUGAUUAUGGAUAUGAUUCAGGAGGCGAGUGCGCUGUGCCUAUUGUUCAUCGAUUCUCUAUGCCUGAUAAUGGAAAUGGUCCGUUUUGGUACAGUUUUAAUUUGGGUUCCGUACACAUUCUCAUGUUUUCGACUGAACACAAUUUUACUCGUGCAUCCGAUCAAUAUUUGUGGAUUGAAAAUGAUUUACGAUCGGUUGACCGAGCAGUAACACCAUGGAUAAUUACUGCUAGUCAUCGUCCAAUGUACGCAAGUGAAACGGACGAAGCUGAUCUUAUUAAAUUAAUGUUGCAGUUGUACUUAGAACCAUUGCUCUAUAAAUAUCAGGUUGACAUAAACAUUUUUGCACAUAAACACAGUUAUGAACGUUCAUGCCAAAUGUAUCGAAAUGAAUGUAAUCCAAAUGGUACUGUACAUUUACUUAUUGGAAUGGCAGGUCAGAAUUUAGAUGAUGGUCAAUAUUCAAAUGCUACAUGGAGUCAAUAUCAUGAUCAAGAAUUUGGCUAUACACAAUUUAUUGUCAAUAGAACUGAUUUACAUUUUAUGUACUUUCAUAAUAAGGAUAAUCAACUGGCUGAUGAAGUAUAUCUGCGUAAAAAAUAA